AUGUCCUCCCCAGAGGACCGUGAAUUUCUCUACACAACUCGGUGGAAGCAUCAUACUUUCCCCCUCUCCGAAAAACGCUUCGAUGAAAUGUCACCCACAUAUGACCAUGAGCUCUCUCAACUCCGGCUCAGGAUGGACUGGCUAAGGACUUGGCUAGACGAGGCGCAAGAGAACCUAAGUGUAUUCGAAACCUUCGGUCAUGGCAUAUUCAAUAUCUCACAAAGCGCGGCAAGGAGGUUUAUCCUUCGAGCUUCUUGGGAGGUUGAGGUUAUCUUCAAGCCUAUGCUUCGCGGGAUCCAAUCCAUCUCCGACAAGUUCCCAAAGAUCGCUACCGAGCUUCAGAACCAAGGUUUGGAGCUGUUUCACCAGACGAAUAAGGCCCUAGACACAAGGUUGAGACCACAAAGGGAUGUUGCUCAAGUUCGCAACACUUUCGCGCCAAACACGACAGAAAUUCCUACGCAGACUCAACUGGAACUGCUCUUGGAGCUAUGCGUCCAUGAAGCCCAGAAAGACCUAUUGGAAGGUGAUACAAACCUCGCCCAUGAAAGACUCUGGGAGCUCAUUCAACAAAGUCUUCAACAAAAAUUUCCCCGUCGUUGGCAAUUGGACGAAUCUCCGGAGUAUUCAUACGAGCCGAAUAUGCUGCUUAUUUGCUUGGGAUGCGGCAUUACCGGCGCUACCAUGCCAUUCGGAGCAAACCGGAAGGAGAUUAAAAGUCUCGAGUCCAUGUGGAAAGCCCGUCGACCAGGGAAUCAUGAACUUGCAGAAGGGGCCUGGAGGGCAUUCAAGAAAUGCCACAUAUUGGCGAUAUGUACAGCGGAGAAGAGAGAACUCACUGAUGCAGAAGUGGAGAGUCUUCCAGCCAUACCGAGGUACAUGAGGGGCCACUAUGGGCAGGCCAUUAGAAACUACUGGUCCAGUCAAGAAGCCUGUCCAACGUGUAAGGUUAUUUGGGGUUACACGGAACUUCACAUCCGUCAGUAUCGUACACCCCAUAACCCCAAUAUAUGUGCGGAACCUAUAGCGGCAAUGCGUUGUCAUGCUCUGGACCCAGAUGGAGAUGUGGUCAGCGGUAAUGAGGCUUUUCUGCAGAGGGUCAAGGAUGCCGUUAAGAACCGAGGAUCAAGCAACGCCAAAUCAGCAUCAUCGGCUUAG